GUCAGAGACAAGCACCAAUUCCCACGCCUUCCUUUCUUCCUCUUCCUCUCCCUCUUCCCUACCAAGCGAGACCACUCGGCCCCCACAAAAUCCUCCGCUUCUUCUCCGAGACCGAGAUGGCACUCGACUCUGUUCCAUCCUACCCCAGCGAUCUUGGAUCCAGCAGGGCCAGGACGCCGCAGCAGCAAAGGGUCAGGAAGGAGGAGCGGACAUGGACGACCGACACCUACGCGCCGUACGACGACGGCCACCAGUGGAGGAAGUACGGCGAGAAGAAACUCUCCAAUUCCAACUUCCCAAGGUUCUAUUACAGAUGCACCUACAAGAAUGACAUGAAGUGCCCUGCUACGAAGCAAGUCCAGCAGAAGGACACUAAUGAUCCACCAUUGUUCUCAGUCACUUACUUCAACCACCACACCUGCAACAGCAGCCCAAAGAUCGUAGGCAGCACUCCUGAUUCUACUGUGCAGUCGAGGAAAGCCAUUUCGAUCUGCUUCAAUUCACAUGGCAAAACCGGUGAACUGCCCACAUUCUUGUCACCAUCAGCUUCAUUGUUGUCGCCGAGCAUGCAGCCGUACAGUUCCAACCAGCAACCUGACAUGAACACCUACAGUCGCCAGUUUCAUUGGGCAGACACAUCGUCAUCUACAAGCUAUGCUCCGGUUAAGAUGGAGGCGGACGAUUAUGCGGAAGCAAGUGCUUCGCCCAGUACAACCGGUGCUCUGUCGAGGACAUUGCUGCCGAUCGGUCAGUCAAGAUGCAUCGAGUAUUUCCAUUUCUUGUGAUGAUUUUGAUGGAAAGUGAAGGAGAUGCAUAUACAUUCUGAGGAGCCUCUUGGAUGGUGCCAGAUAGGGUUUUAUAUUGGGAGGUGGGGAUGUUGUGCUCAUGAGAUUCCAUAUACUAGUGGCAUUAUGUUGUUUUCUUCUUUGCAUGUAGAUUCAAGCCAGAUUUUUUUGCUUGAAUGAUGUAAAGAACUGAAUUGGCAUUUCUCUAUCUAGUAGGAAGGAGUACGUGAUACAGAAAAAGGCUAAUGUAGCAGAAUCUGUUAAAUAAUACGGGGUACUAGUAUAAAAUUAAGGAAAAAUCUGACAGUAAAUUUGCCUGGCUGUUA